AUGCUUUUAUCUAUUUUGGAGACUUCUAGGGAUGUGGCGACAUCAACUUACAUAACUUCGAUACUGAGAGAAGCAUUAUGUUUGAAGCAAGGAAAGGGAAAGAAAUGUUCAGUUACCAAUGAUACAUCAGGUUCAAAGAAGAGAGAAUGUAAAAAGACAGGAAAAGAAAACGUCCCGCCACUUAGUAAAAAGGCCAAUAACAUUGCAAGGCAGCAAUGUUGUCAACAUUUAAUAUCACUAAACGGGACUCAGGUCAUGCUUCGUACAAUAAUUACGACGCAUGGGAAACGCGAUGGGAAUGUCGGCACGGAACUGAUGCUGCACGACUUGGUCUGGAUCCUUGCAGCACUGUCCCCGAAAGAUACAAAAUUCGCAAUGAAAGUGAGGAUGUUAGGCUGCGUCAGAACUAUGCAUCUUAUUUUAAAAGGACAUUUUACCGACAAUAAACUGAUAUUUCCUCUCCUUGUUAUUAUGAAACAACUCGCAAAAAAUCCUGUAACAACAUCUAUUUUAAUUCGCGACGGCGCGAUCACGACAUAUGAGCGGGUGCUUGUUAGUCUCGGCUUCAUACCGACCGCCAGACUGCGCCUGUGUCUAGACGCUAUUGAUUACUUCAGUAAAAACAAGGUAUGCUGCAUGCAGAUCGUGAAGACAGGUCUGUGUAGCGUGCUUCUCCGUGUCUUCGAUCGUUGGGAUCGCUACGAGGGACGCAUGCGGCUUAAGAUCUGUGCACAUAUACUGCAAACACUACAGCACUUGUGUAAUAUCAAAGCGGGUCGAAGAUCCCUUUGUACCAAGAAACAUGUACAAACCCUACACAGAUUUUGCUCCCAAUGUCCAGAUGAGCCAGAAUUUGAUGGACUCUUAGCGAGAGUUUGUUCCGUCAUUACGCUUUGUCUUAGACAUCAAGCGCUUCCAGUUCCUGUUACGAGUCCAGCUACCUUCAACCUCAAUCCUAUUCUGAAAGGAACGAACACUUCAUGGCCAUGUCAUGAUGAUGAGGAAGAAGCGGCAAACUCAGAUUCUAAGACAGUAAACUCAGAUUUAGAUGAAGAUGGCCCUGACAUAGAUAUAGAAGGUAUUGACGAGUUCCCUGAUGUUGAAUAUGAUGAAAACGAAGUCAAAGGAGAAAAUGAAGAUGCUAAAAAUCAAAUGAAAAGUGCGGAUAGUUUGCAAACUGCGAUGUGGAUUAACCCCAAUGAGAGAGACUUAGAAGACUUAAAAAAAUACUUUAUAUUUUUCAAAGAAUUUGGUUCCUAUAAUAGACAAGUGAAACUAGUAAAGAGUCGCUCGAAUUCGCGAGGAUCAAUACUAGAAGACUUUCUGGUGACACAAGCUGCCAAUAAAAAUGUUCCUUCUUCAUUAAAUUUAUCAUUUACGACGAAUUUAGGGAGCGUGGAAUACGAUAUGAUGGGCUCCUCACAAACACCUAUGCUGCCAGGUUAUCACCGGAUACAUGAGAGCGCAUCAACAACAUCGUGUUCCUCAUUAAAAAUCCACAAAGAUAUAUCUAGAUAUACGUCAUUUUCGUCAGUAUAUUGUACAAUAGCGUCCCGCGUGAAGAGUAUCAUUCCGUUUGUGAAGGUCGCGUAUCCCGAUAUGAUGGGUGGACAGGGAUACAACCAACCGGAGCCAUUGAACAAAAUGGAAAGAACUGCCUGCAGGAACAAACUACUGUCAUGCGUUGAUAGAGCCAUAAACCCCGAAGCGUAUAUGAAUGAAGUGGUUUAUGAUUUAGAUGCAUUAAGUAGCUUGACAACAACCAACAACGAUUCCACAUCACAGAAAAGUUUCAGUUCAGAUUGUCUGUUCCUGACCAAUGCGGACGAACAAGAGAUAACUAAAGUAAAUAGUUUCUCAUCGCGUCUUAGUUUUGAAUCAAGAUUUGAAUCGGGAAAUCUGAGAAAGGUUAUGCAGACAGGUCCAAGAGAGUACGAGCUAAUCCUAAUGCCAGAUGUAAACUCUAUAAAGCGUCACCAAUGGUUUUACUUCGAAGUAAGGAACAUGCAACAAGGGCGCUCCUACAUAUUCAAUAUCGUCAAUUGUGAGAAGUCCGAUAGCCAGUUCAAUUUCGGCAUGAAACCUGUGAUGUAUUCUGUCAAGGAGGCGGUGCUCGGGAGACCUGGUUGGAUCCGAGCCGGUACGGACAUCUGCUACUACCGCAACAGCUACCACUAUGCAAAUCAAAAGAAUCACAACAAAUGCUACUUAACAGUUACCUUCAACAUUGAAUUUCCCCACACAAAUGACGUGUGCUAUCUCGCAUAUCAUUUCCCGUUCACAUACUCUAUGAUGCUGACCCGGAUUUGGCAUUGGAGCUCACAAUUGCCACUAAACACAUAUCUACGAGUGGAGGCUCUCUGCUAUUCAAUCAACGGCAACGAAGUACCAGUCUUAACUGUAUCUGCUGAAGAUACGCCUUCAAACCCUGUUGUGGAUCGGGAGAUAAUAUUCCUUACUGCCCGAGUGCACCCGGGCGAGAGUAACGCGUCGUGGGUGAUGGACGGGACUUUGGGCUAUCUACUAUCGGACACGACUGCCGCAGCCGCUCUUCGAGCCAAAUAUGUGUUCAAGAUCGUGCCAAUGCUCAAUGUUGAGGGAGUCAUCAAUGGGUGGUGA